UUUCAGUAAAAACGGAGAACGACGUUAAACCAUGAAUGAUGACGAUCCAACCACCGUCGUCGUCAUCAGCAACAGAGUUUUGUCAGCCAGACGAAAGCACAUUCCUUGUUGGUUUUAAUAGGGUUCGAAGAUACGGCACAACCCAAAGUCAAUCUUCACCAGUUACACCAUGUUCAUAUACAAUUUACCAAGUUCAAACCGAUGAUACACUUGAAAGAAUAGCAUUAAAGCAUAAUUGUUCGGUUUCAUCUCUCGUUCGUGCAAACAAGCUUUGGUCUCCCAGCGCCUUGUUCAUGAAGCAAUUCAUUAGAAUACCCAUUUUCAAUUCACAACAACCUAAUCUCAAACCAUCUUUGCAAGAAACUCAAUGCAAAAUUGUGCCUGCCACUACUGAACGGGUCGACAGUAGCCGAGAAGAAAAAUCUAUGAAAGAUAUUUUACAGCGCAUAGAUCGGAACAUCAAAUCGUUUCGGAAAUGUGAUAACCCUAGCAGCUCAGCUUAUGAUCAUAUUUAAAUUAUUUUUGAAAUAAAUCUGUUGUCAAAGUAAA